UUUGUUCCCGUCGGUCCGCUACUCGCCGCCGCCGCCGUCGUCGUCGUCGUCGUCGUCGUCGCCGUCAUCGUCGCCGUCGCCAUCGCACUCGCCGUUUUCGCGCGAAUUUUCCACUGCCGCGGUGGUGGCGAGUGGCCGGAUAAUUAGCCGCGCUAGUUAGCUAGCUAAUCGGAAAGCAACAUGAGGGACGAGGUGAAGAUGGACGCGAAUCGGCUGAUCGCCGAAGUCUACAAGCGGCCGGCCCUCUGGAACCAGAGGCACAUCUCCUAUCAUAAUCGCGAAGUGACCAACCGCGUGUGGAUGGAGAUCGCGGCGAUAUUCAACCUCCCUAAGCCGAUGCUGAAGGCGAAGUGGAAGGGUCUGCGCGACACAUUUCGUGCUGAGCUGAAGAAGGAUCAGGUGUACCGCAAGAGUAAAUUCCAUCGGAACCGGCCGGUGUGGAUCCACUUCAAGAGCCUGCAGUUUCUGAAGGAGCAGAUGCUGCCGCGACCGCCCAUCUGGGAGCGCAGCGUGGCGAAGACGGAGGACGAGUUGCGGCCCCCAAGCGAGGGCGAGGGCGAAAACGGACCGACGUCGGUCGGGAUCGAUGAUCGGAACGCGAUUGCCGAUCAUCUGCUGUCGAUAGCCGGCGACGGUGGUGUAGGUCAUCAGCUGAAGCUGGACGGCGGCGGUGACGGCCGGCGCGGGACGGUGGACGUGAAGCGCGAACCCGAGGAGAGCUUCGACAACCUAGAGUUCCAGGGUGUCACCGACAAUCUCGCGGAGAACGAGAUGAUGCUGCAGAACAUCUCGCCCGAGCAGGUGCUCAUGAGCGACAGCGACGCCGGCGUCGGCCUCGCUGGCGUCGACCCGCUCGAGGGCAACCGUUUCGACGACAACUAUUACUUCCUGAUGAGCCUACUGCCGCACAUCAGGAUUCUGCCGGCCGAUCGCAGGAUGCUGCUCAGGAUGCAGAUGCAGGAGCUCGUCUACAAGGAGGUCUACAAAAAGGCUGCCGACAAUGAACAGACGGCGAAGACUUAAGACUCGUUAUCUCGCGCGUGAGGCAGGCCCCCGCAACCGUAAUUCGUGUAACUGUUCCCUAAUGGCGAAAUUGUACAUGUAUAAAUGUGUACAUGCGUAAACGAGAAUUUCUUCAAAGGACAGUCACAAGUACGGUCUUUAGUAUAGUUGAAUCAGUUUACUACUCAUUCUUCCAAAGCGAAACUGAUUGAUAGCUGAAAGAUCAAAGUUACAGAGAAAACGGUUAUUAUUUCUUGUUAGGCGUCUAGAGUCUAGAUACGAGCUGAAAGGAAUGAGCCGUAAAAUAUGGUGAUUGUAGAAUUUGAAGAAUAAUCACGUGACAGAAUCAAUGAGGAACCCUUCUCACGAGGUAACGUGAAAUUUAUGGAAAAACUGGAAACAAUUUUUUGUUUCGUACGAACAUUCCCAGUAUUGUCGGGAUACCUGUAACCCAUAUGGGGUUACCUCAGGUAUACUCAUACCUAUAACCUGUAUGGGCUACCCGCUACAGGUAGCUGGAUGAAUCAGCCGGGUCGUCCCAGUGUCGAACCGCCGCGCGCUCGCCGCCGACUCGACCAGGCGAACGCGGCGACGCGAUUGAGCGACACUGGUGCUUUCUCGUACCUGCGGGUACGACCGUGACGCACACCUGCACGCUCUCAUAGUGGUCUCAUGCGCGACACACACACCGGCGGCCGGUGCACGGGCAUUUCGCGGAGUCCGCUCGGAGCACGCGCGCAUGCGCGCCCACCGUGGCUCCAAUCGCAGGUCCGAUCGCGUUUCCUUCGCUUUCGCGUCGCGGAGCCUCCGCGUUCGUACGUACCUUCACUCACCGUUCAGUUCGGCAUCGCGUCGCACCGUUACGCGAUCCGUGUGCCUCUCGGCGUUCGGCUGCUACCUGUGCGCUCUUUCGGCCGUUUCCGCUCCUCUCUCGCUCUGCCCCUCCGUUUCCGUCGUUGUCCGAAUAGCGUCACGUCGUUGUUUGCAUCGCACAGCGUCGCGUCGCGUCGCGUCCCCGGUGGUGUGAGCACAGGUGUUGAAGGAAGUUAGUGAUAUACGGCACACGUAGUCCGCUGACUCCCUCGUGAUCCACGGCCGUUGUCUCCGUUGUUGUUGCAUCCGACUGCAUCACGAUCGGCUCGAGGUGAGUCAAUUUACAGGUAUUUUACCGAACGCUCUCGUGGGCAAUACGGAAAGCCGACACUUGAGGCGACCUGUCACCGUCAUCGCGUAGACCUAACUGCAAUACGGCGACUUCUUCAAUUUGUCAAUUUGCUGCCGAUCUCGUCUCGGCGAGAAAUGUCGUCGUGCAUUUCUCUAGAUCUGCGAGCUCAAACGUUUUUCUGAAAUCGAAGCUCCGCAAAGAGCGCAGUUUUGCCGUCUGCAUUGAUGAAUCCUGCUUCGCAAUCAAUGCCCUAUUUUCAACUCGACGAUUGCUGACGACUAAAUAUUCUCGCCGAGGCAAGAUUGGUUUGACAAAUUAACUGAGGAAUCGACACGACGAAUAAAUAAUAUAUUCCGCACUGUCAAGUGGCAAACGCUAUUCGCUACCGGCGAGAGAAAGAGAUUCGUUGCCUCUCUGUCGACGUGAAUGUUGGGUGAAUGUGAGAACGGAUAUAAUAUUUAACGUCGUUCCGCGCGCGCGAGCCUGUUACUGUAAAUUCCAUUGUACAGAUCUGCGAUGUCCUGCUAGCGAUUAUCACUUUCUGUAAUAUACGUGCCGAUAUAUGUGUAAUGAUAUCCCCGGAGAGUUGUUAAUUUCAACGCAUGUGCAAUACGAGCGUGCCCAGCGCGGAAGUAGAGCGUGUUUUUCGCUCGUCUAGCAUCUAGUCUAGCGUUUAAUCCUUUAACCGCACGCUGGCGUUUUAUGAACACGAAAUUGUUGUUGAUCGCGAAACCAUUCGCGAAAAAAAUCGAUCGAACGCCAGAAAAUAUCUUGUUUCCAAAGUGAGGGGAACUUUCCCUCUUACAGCGUCUCUUCGUAUAUCGAUUUGUAUAUUUCUCAUUCACUGUUGUCGCAAAGCAUCAUUUGUAUGUACGUAUAUGUAUGUAAAAUAUUAAAUAUUAUAAAUUUUUUUAUUGA